AUGGUGCUGCGCGGCUUGGCUGCACCUGCUGUUGUCGGUGCAUUGGCCGUCGACACUGCCGAGACCUUCAGCAUCCACCACAAGUCCCUCGAUGGUCGGCACGCGCCUCUUCCUGGCGACCCUUCACAAGAACAUCGCGGCCAAUUUCCGGUGAAGAUCAACGAGCUCUUCCUCAAGGCGUUCUACGCCCCUUCGGCCUGGCGAAAGAUGACUGAGACCACGCAGCAGCACAUCGUCCGCCGAGACCAAUUAAGAGUUUCGGAGGCUCGAGGAGGCCCUACAGGAGGUGUCCCGGACCACAUCCGGGCCAUGAUGCUGCUGCUGUUCGCCGGACUGGACGACAAGGAGCAACCCAAUGUGGUCCCCAGCUGCGGCAACGACUACGACGUCAAGAACAUCUCUCAUGUACUGAGUGGAAAGAGCAAACUCCAUAUACGGCUACUCCGACGACGAGACCCUCGACACCUUAUGGAGUUGGCUGAAGCGUUGGCCGCGGCCAUCCAGAACAAGACCCGAAAGAACAGCUUCCCGUUCAAGGCCCAUGGCGAGAUGUCGCUUGGCGGCUUGGCGCCAAGGGCAGGGAGAACCGAAGAAUCUAAAGUCCGUGAAUUCGGAAGAGGACUCUUCUACCACGCCACCGACGGGAACCUCACUCACAUCCUCAUCACCCAGAUGGGCGACCUCUACUUCGCCGGUGAAGGCGACAAGUACGAGGCAACCGUCGCCUCCAUGGAGAAGGGGAUCCACUUAAAAGGCAGCAUGCCCACCAGACCUGAUGGUCAAUGUCUUCAUGGCGAGCCAACCAUGGCAGCCGGCAGCCCCGACGUGAUCCAGCUGAACAAGGCCACGAAGAUACUCAAGGAGAACGCCGACGCAAAGCGGAAGUUCAAGGCUUCAAGCCUGAAGCUUGACGGUCUUCGUCUUCGCGGACUCCAGCUUCGCGAACACCGAGCAGCUGAAGUCACAAUGUGGCUACACGCUUGGCCUCACAGUCAAGGGAUGAAAGACGGAAAAGAAGCGCCCAUCUACAGUGAAGAGAGUGUGCAGGUGCGCACUGGCUGCAGAGGAGAUGCUGGGCACACAUACUAUGAAGAUGAUGGUGACACCUAUGCACAAUGGGUGGACACGUCGCAGAUGCUGGCCGACGUUCUCACCAACCUAGGGUGCGAGCGUAAGCCCUUCCUGAGGGCAUUGAGGCUCCCGACGGAGGAAGCACAGCACAAGAACCUGCUUACCCGCACGCUUACCCACGCUGACGGCCGUGCUCGCAAGCUGAAGAAGAAACCAGGAGAGAGCGCAAGUCCACCAAGGACCGGCCCCUUUGCUCAGAAGGGAAAAGCGCCGUCCCUGUGCCGAGCCAUCGCGCGGUUUUGGAUAUACUGUGUAUAG